CUUUAGGAUAGAAUAUUAGAAUCCAUAAAGUCUUUAAAAAUUUGAAAACCUUUUGCAAAGACUAUACUUUAUAAUAUAUAUUUUUAUUUAUGGAAGAAUGUGUUCAAAGCUUUUAAUCAGCUCAUCUAUCCUCAAACUCAAGUAAAAAGUAUACACUUUGUCUUACUAUUAGCCGUUGCUUCUUUUAAAAAUGAAUUUUAAGCAUUUAGAAAGAAAAUUCCAUAGCUCUUACUUAAGCAAAUCUGCCCAGCCCUCAAUUUUUCAGGUGUCUAAGCACCUAACUGCCUCAAAUGUGCUUAUUGCCUUGUGGGAUGAAAACCUGAGCUAUAAUAUUUUGACUUUAAUUUUCUUAAGAUUUAAGGGUUCUUUCUGCAUUCUUAAAUGUAGAGAGAUUUUGCCACUCCUGCUAUCAUAAACAAACCUUGUAAGCAUGGCCUCCCUACAGUUACUGGCAGGGUGUGCUCUGGAUUCUUUAGAAAUGUGUGGUGUCAGAGCUGAGUUUGUCUCUAAACCAGGAGUGGUGAACACCACAAUAUUUGUUAUUUGUGGGACAUCCUUGCAGGGCCUCCUUCCCCAUGCAGCUCCCUUUGGUGUGCAGCGUUCCUGCCCUGCAGUGCCAAGCAGGAUGCUCCCAGAGCAGUGGGAACUGGGGCUGACCUGGAGGAAGUGCAGCAGCUGUGUCCUGUAGACUCAUUCUGUUUGUCGAAAUACCAGCCAAGACUAUUUUCCCCAUCCAACAUCAAUAAUUUCAGGGUAUAUCUAAGUAUCAAAAGUGCAAGUGUGUUGAUGUUUAUUUUUACAAAAGGCUAAGUGCACUAUUUUGGGAUCAGUUCAGGCUUCAGUAUUUUCCACCUACUUCACUCUGAGUUUGGAAGCAGGAUUUGAGACUGCAGCACCUGACAGCUGGAAUACUUUACAGAAGUCUGCAGGUAGUAGACAGGACACAUAGAAUUAGGGUGCCAGACCAAAACUGAAAUGUGAAAUUCCUCACUGUGACUUUAAACUCGUAGCUUUCUAGAGAAAAAAAAUACAUAUACUGUGCCUUAAACCAGUAGAUGAAUACACUCUAACUGUAGCCUGUGGACUUCCAUAGCCUUAUAUUUGAUUUUUGAAGGUGACCAAAAAUAUUUGUGUGGAUCAUGCUGAAACUUGAUUUGGGGAAAAUGCUUUAAAAUUUUUUGACCCUAUUUUACACUUAAAAAAAGAAGAAAAUUUAUGACAAGUACAACAUAUUUUUUGUUUGAAAUCACACCAACCAAAGUCAGAAAGCUUUAGCUGACCUGAAUUUUUCAAGCCUUUCUGACCAAAGAAAAAUAAGGAAGGAAAACUGGUUGCAGAUAUCUGUCUAAGCUUUUUGAGGUCUGUGGGUCAAAUUAUUUUUAAGUAAUUUGAUCUUUAGUCUUCAAAAGAACAAUCCUCGUAAUUGUGGUUUCAGCAAAAUACUGUAUUUAAGCCAUUGAAUAGCAAAAUUUUCACCAGUGUGAGAAGAAAACUAGACAGGGGCAGGGUCGAUUUUUUUCUGUGUUAAGGCUCCAGAAGUUUUGAAUACUAAAUUUUACUUUUUAGGAAAAAUAUUCAUAUGUAAGUCCCUGAAAAUUAACAUGUAUAUUCUCUUCUUUGGAGGAAAAAAAAAUACUUUUUUUUCCUAAUUCAUUAAAGAAAACUAGAAAUACUUAAGAUCUUAAAAUCUUGUUUUAAUAUAGUAAAAGGAUUUUUUACUUAUAUUUUUUAAUACAGAGUACAGGAAAAGCCACUGCUGGCUGUCUGUCUUUGUCUCUAGAGGAUUCUUUGUGUGUUUUGAACAAACCCUCCCAAAUUCUGACUUCUCCUCCCUCAUCAGCAUCACAUAGCACUGAACCUUGGAAAGUGAGAGAGCUUAUUGUUGUCCUGUGGGUAUUUAGACAGGCACACAAUGAUUGCACCUCAGCUGGUCACAGAGCUGGCUGGAAGCAAUAAACAGCAAAGUUAGAAACAACUUCUUUCACUGAGCACCAGCUUCAGUCUGGGUGCCACAGUGCUGCUGCUGCUGCUGGGGCACAAUGUGAACACGCAGUCUUUGUGUCUUCCCUGCUGCUUCCCUCAGUGUGCUGCCUUAGGGCUUCUAAAACUCAUUCCAGUCACCUCACUUUUUAUUUUGUGAUGCUGUUUCAGCAAUGCUAGCCAUUGAUGAUUUUCUAGCCACUGGAAUAUUCUAGUACAUAACCACUGAGAACGUAGAAUUACCUUUAAGGCCUUUGUGUAUGAUGAUAACUGGAGAAAAACUCUGUGAUUCCCCACUGACCUUUUAAUUUUUUUUUCAAGCACAAGGAAUAAUGUUGGCCAAAAUACCUGGGGAGGGAAGGAUCUGUUGGUUGUAAAAGGACUUAAAACUUUGAAGAAAACAUGUAAUUUUGGGAAAAAUCUUACCACUCUCCGAGCAAUCUGUCUUAGAAGUUUAUACUCUCCUGUUUUCAGUUCUUACGUAGCUGCUGUAAAUCUGAUGUUGUACAUGGAACUCACUCUUAAUAUUUACAGGUUUUUAGAGAUGUUGGCAGGGUCUUAUCUGUAAAUGUUCAGAUAACGCUAUAGCAAAUUAAUGUGUUUAUAAAAAUGUUUAUAACUAAGUUCUUACAGAUCCAUCCAUGUAUCAUAAACUUUGGCAAAGUCCUUGUCUUGUGAGAUGCUAAGAAAACCUUGGAGAAGAGGUAUUUUCAUAUAAUGUUGUAAUUGCUGAAAGAUGAAAUCUCAUAGUCUUUAAAAAGUGCAUUUAGAUGCUUUUUUGUUGUAGUUGAGGCAACUUGAUUGGGAGCUACUCUGGGAUGUUCCUAUUUUGUUUGGUGGUUUCCCUGGCUACAGUGUGUAUUUCAUUUUUUUUUAUUUGUCUUUUUGUCUUUUUUUAACCUAAGUGUGCAUGACUUUAAGUAUAUUGCAUAGCAAAUCCCCUGCUGAAGAAACACAUCUGUAUAUUUUUGUUUGGUAUUCCAACGUGCUUGCAUUGGUACAAAUGGUUGUAAUUCACAAGAAGUGCCACUUCCCAGUGCUGCUGUGUGGAGUGUUGUGUUACCUGUACUGCUGCUGUACAAACACGUUGAUCUGGAGUGUUGUGAGCAACGUCUGCCUCUAGUCUGGGCUCAGGUACUCAUGUGGAACAGUUUGGUGCUUUUCCUGUCAUACUUGGGAUCCUAAGCAGAAAAUAAAAGUAGUAAACAAACGCCUUGUGGUUGGAGCAGUGCUUUAACAGGAGCUUCUUUCGUGCCUCAAGUAGAAUGGAGUAAAGACAGUACAGGAUGAAGCUUGGCUCAGUAUCUUAACUCCAGCACCUUAGGCUUCAUGAAUGGUAAAUGCAAUAAAAUUCAAAGUGUUUGCUGAAUAAUACGGUUUAUAUAGAGCAUCAGAUGUAUAAAACUUGCUUUCAGCUAAACUAGUAUAUUUUAAGUUUUUACCUUUUAGAGGUGAAUUGCAUGGAACUGAGCAAGCAGUGCUGUGAGCAUUUUCAUCUUCAGGGCAAUUUAAUUCAAACAUGCAUGAACAUUAGUUGCUGUGCCAGAAAGGUUAUAUAAUUAGUAUAGACACUUGGGAAAUAUUUAAUUUAUUGAAGAUGUUUAUCAAGAAAACGAUGCUUAAAUUUGGGUGCAUUAAAAAGGCAGCACCCUGACAUCUGGCUUUGACAGCAUUUGUUAAACUCAGUUACUGUCCUCACAAAUGAGGAUGCAAUUUAAUUCAGUCACUGUAAGUAUACCAAUAGUAUUUUAAUAUGAAUGUGUUCUGCUGAUACUUGACUUCCUCUGAAGGAAAGAAUUGAAAUUACUAAGACCAACCCACACAUUAAAAUGAGCACUAGAUCUAAACAGACUUCUUAGCUCCAACAUUUUCUCAGAGCUUUAGCUCAGGAAGCAACAAUACAAGUGUGUAAGGAUUUUUUUUUAGAUGGCUCACAGAAAAUACAUGCUAAUUGAAUCCCUUGCAUAUCUGCAUGCUUCAUCAGUCACCCAAAUUGCCUGAGUUCCUCCAGUAAUAAAGCUUGUUUCAUAUUUGCAGAUGACUUUGGUAUGUUUUACUAGCUGAAUAUAUUGCAUAUCCCCAAUUCUUUGUAAAGAAAUCAAAGGAAUAAGUUAAUCGAGGGGGAAGAAAAGAGGUAGAAGAAAACUGCCAGCUCUUCUGACUUUUUUUUCCCUGCUCUUUCCAAAGCUAAAGAAGGAACUAAAAUCUAAUCCCAAACUGUAGAUCUUGCCUUUCCCCCUCUCUGUCAUUUUCGCUAUGGGAACAUAUUUCUACUUCUGGUUGAAAUAAAUGCCUACCCAGAAGAUGAACAAAGCAUGAAUUCCCUUAUGCUGGGACCUGCCUUUUCCAAGUAAUUCUGGUGCUACUCCUCUGUUCUUAGUGAGUCCACUAUCUGGAAGCUGAGUUUUGUGACACAUAAUUGAUGGGGCUUGAUGGAUUUUCUUUUUUGUGUGUAUGAUUUUUUUAAAUCCAAAUAUGCAGAAUAAUAAAGCUGGAUAAAUUGUCUUGAAUUUUUAUAUACUACUGUAGUAAUGAAAAUAACACUGCUAGGAUUUUGUUUACUGUGUUGCUAAUGAUGUUUGGAUGUCCAAAACUUCACCUUCAUGGAAGGGUGGUGGUAGGUUUUUAUUUUGCUUUCAAAAUUCAAACCAAAGAAAAAUGUAAAGCUUCUAGUCAGACAUAAACAUCUAUGCUCUGGAGUAAGGUGAUGGUCAAAUAUUUUUAAUUUUAACAUGUCUAUUUAGGGAUAUAUUUUAUGUGAUACUAAACCAUGUAUCAUCUAUAUAGGGGAGAGAAGAGUGCAGUGAAAUAAUAAAAAAUAUGAGCAGUGUUGAUACGAAGAAUGCUAUGCACUAAGGCCAAGGUAAACUAGCAGAGUCCUCCUUGCAGCCUUUGUCUUAGUUUCUAUUGUGACAGGAGGAUAUUAACUGCUGAUAAAAUCAGGGCAGGAAAGCAAUGCUUCCAUUAAAAUGUUAUGAUUUUGGAUAUUGAAGCAGACCUUACUUUUCCCUCUCUUUUUCCAGCAUCAAGAAAGUGAUCAAUAUCUCAUUUGCUUGAAAACCAUUAGUCACCAUUCUAGAGAUAUGGCUAAUUACUUUCAACUAAAAAUAAUAUUUUGAUAAAGCUGUGCUAUUUCUCCUGGGAACUAUUUUAAACUUGCUAUAUGCCUACUACCAAUUUUCUGCAAUACGACUUGGGAGGAAUAUGUACUGCACUGUUCAAUAGCUAAAGGUCUGAAGAGUAUCAAGGAUGAAAUUCUCAAGGGUCUUUAUGUCAUGGAUGAAAAUGGAAUCAUUACUGUAUUUUUGAACUCCUGCUAACGUCAUUGACACCCACCUACAGUCUACUAGAAAUAUAAGUGCAGAGAUCAGGUUGUUCACACAUUACGAGGAGACCAACCAAGAAGGGGCAAGCCAAAGCCAAAUUCCCUGGUAAGCUCUAUUUUAAAGAAUGUGAGAGGGAGAAUUCCUUUUGUCCCCCUGAGUCAAGUUGUGAAAUGGAUCUCUAGUAUCUUAGACCAGGCUCUAUUAAAUACCAUUACACUUAUUAUUACGUGUAGUAGAAUAUAAUGCUGUUUUAAAAACUGAGCUCUCUGGAUCUUGAGCCAUAUUUUUGCAUUCUCCUUGGAGCACACAGAGUUCUGGUGCUGUGUUAGCCACUGAAAAUGGCUGUAUGUAAUAAAUGUAAACUUACAAAUGUAAUAUUUUGUGUUGAGUGUUUUGCUGGUCCCUCAGAAGAGAGUGCAGUAUCUAGAAAUAGCUUUGAUAUGGGAAACACUUGUUUAGACUAGUUUGUUCUUCCAAGUACCUUGGUACUAUUAAAAGCAGGAGUUGACAGCACAUGGAUGUAAUCUGCAGUGGGCAGACUUUUCUUGGAUUCACGUGAUUUGUGUGUUCCCAGCUGUGCAGGAUUUAAAGAGUAUGUCUGUUUGUCCUUCUCGCAGACAGUGUGUUCAUCUCCAGCAUGUGGAAAGUGCUGCUCCUGGGUCUGUAUGCAGUAUUGGCUGUGAGAGGAUUGGCAAAGGCUGCUCCUUUCCAGCCAGAAGAGAAAUGGAAGCCUCUUGAUAACCCCAGAAACAGAGACCUGUUUUUCAGAAUGCUCCAGGCUUACUUCUCAGGCAGGGGUCUCGACCUCAGAAAGUUCCCAGCUACUUUCCCAAUGAACAACAAAGGACCAAGGCCUGUCAUGUUCUACUCAGACCCUAUUGCUUCUGCAUUUGCAGAUUAUGAAGAAAGGAAAAAAUCUUUUCAGAACUAUUUCAGAGGCUGAAAGAUUCUGCUGCUGAAGAGAGAAGAAUUCUGAAAAUUUACAGAUAAUAAAUGAAGGAUGCAAGUUUUAUGUAAGGAAUUGCAAAAAUAAGAUUAUAAAUUGAGAUCAAUUUAUAAUUCUUGUGAUAUAUGUAUAUUAAGAAAAUUAAUUUAGACAUAAGUUAUUUCACUAACAAAGCAUACAUUAUCUUUUAAAUUCACAGUAAAUACUGUUUUCUUCUGGUUUACAAAUAGUUGAGAAUUUCAGUAAGAUUUAAAUCAAAGCAUUUUGGUGAUGUACUUAGUAUCUUAAAGUGCUUAAGUUGUAAUCAAUAUUUAAUUUAGGAUUUCCGGCUCUGUCCUGUUCUCAGCCUGCUUAACCCCUUCUUUCUUUGUAAUCAAAAUCGAAGCUCCAUUAUUCUUAUUAUCAUGAACCGUAAUAAAGACUGGACUCAAAUUUUAAUUCUAAAUUCUCUUUUUUGCUGUAUUUUUAUGUCAGGAAAAAAGCACCACUGAAUGUGUAUUUUGUGCAUGAAAAAUAAAUGAAAAGGGAAUUUAGAAGGGCUGCUCUACUGUAAGUCACAGCAGCAGUGAGAAGAUGAUUGGUGGAAAUUCUUUGUCCUGCAUAAUUCAGGAUGGUCGUGGUUCCUCUCAGUGUUCAGAACCGUUUUGUGAGAACAGAGGUUUAGCCAGUGUUUUCACUUCUUGGUUUGGACCGUGCCUUGGUUGUGUAUGACUAUUUCGGUAUUUCUCUCACAUAUUUGUAUGUUUUUUGUCUUUUUAAGGUGUUAACUUCAGAACUCCACACCAAGUGGAAACCUUCACAGCAAAAUUUUACUGUUUUGACUUUUUAACUGUUACCUGACAAUUCAAGGUUUUCUUCAGUCACCGUUUCUGCCAGUGGAAUCUGCUGUCCUGCUGUGAUGAGCAUUAUUCUCUCUAUUGACAAAUGUGUGGGUUUUGGCUAUUGCAGUUUGUGAGCAGAAUUGCGCUUAGGUGUGAAUAAAUGAGGAGUGCAACAGCG